UUCAUAGAGAAACCAUUGGCAGUAAAUAAUAAGGAAAAAAUUGGGGAUACGAAGGCUCAGUCAGUCGUCGUCUAUUGCAGGAAUCAGCCUGAAACUUCUCUAUCUCUCUCUAUCUCUCUCGCACUGUCUCUCUCAUUAGCUAGACAUGGCUAGUGAACAGUGAUAGCAUUCUCUCUUUCCUCCUUCUCGAUCUUUCUGAACUCCCCAUCUCUUCCAAUGGGCGAAUAAAGCAGUGGCCGCCGCUUAAUACUAUGAAGAUCACCAACAAAACUGACCCAUUUGCCAUUCUUCUCUCUUCAAGAACUCCGGAUCCUUCUUCCGAUUCCAUCCUUACAAACAAACCCAAGAAUCAUAACCAAUCCCGCUUCAAACCGAAGAAUCCCGGACGCUCCGGUGGAAGAGUUAGGGUGAGAAGAGAUGGGUCUGCUCCGGUUGGGAGGAGAAGUCGACCGGAGACUCCUCUUCUCCGGUGGAAGUACCACGAAGUUGAAAAGGAAGUUCCACCGGAGUGCAGCAGGAAGAUAAAGGGUAAAGGGAAAGAGAUUGAUGUUUCCGCCAGGAAGCUUGCUGGGGUUCUAUGGCGACUCCAUCUGCCGGAAAAAACUUCAGCCACCGCAGGCAGAGAAGCUGAAUCUCUUAGUUUGCUUAGAAAUACCCAUUUAGGGUUUCAGGACGGCGCCGGCCAUUCGCCGAUCCCUUAUCACUUGAAAUCACAAGAUGUGAUUCAAAAUCCUUGGUCAGACCCAACUCCAAAGAAUGAACAUUUAUGCAAGUUUGCAAAAUCCUUCAAAUUGACGAAUUCUGCUUUGGAAGGGGCAACAAAAUGGAACCCUGUUUGCGACACAAAAAGUAUUGACCAAAAUCUUAGCACAACUUUAAAGGUCGAGCUUGAACAAGCCCAGACCCGAAUUCAUGAGCUAGAAUCCGAGAAAAGGUCCUCAAAGAAGAAACUCGAACACUUCUUAAGGAAACUGAGCGAGGAAAGGUCUGUUUGGAAAUCUAAAGAGCACGAGAAGAUCCGUGCAGUCAUCGACGAAUUCAAAACUGAUCUAAACAAGGAGAAGAAAACUCGACAGAGAUUAGAACACCUCAAUUCUAAACUUUCGAGGGAACUCGCCGAUGCCAAGUUAUUAGCCAAGCGAUACAUGCAUGAUUUCGAUAAGGAGAGGAAAGGACGAGUCUUAAUUGAGGAAGUAUGCGACGAACUCGCGAAGGAGAUCGGAGAAGAUAAAGCAGAAGCCGAAGCAUUGAAGGAGGAGUCGUUAAAGCUCAGAGAAGAAGUCGAAGACGAGAGGAAGAUGUUACAAAUGGCCGAGGUCUGGCGAGAAGAACGCGUUCAAAUGAAGUUGAUCGAUGCAAAAGUCGCCAUCGAAGAGAGGUAUUCAUACAUGAACACGCUAGUUUUCGCGCUAGAGGCUUUUCUUAGUUCGGUUAAAACCAUAACCGAGGAUGAGAGUCACGAGACCUCGAAAGCCGAGUUUCUUUGCCAGUCUGCUCGUUCAUUAAACAUUCAAGAGAUAACAGAAUUCAGUUAUGACCCGCCGAAGUCUGAUGACAUAUUCGCGGUUUUUGAGGAUGUCAACAUGGCCCGUGAAGCUAACAACAACGAGAUUCCUGAUGAAGAAGACGAGAGCGGGUGGGAAACGGUGAGUCAUCGCGAUAGUAAUUAUUCGGGAAGUGUAACUGAAGAGAAUGUUUACGAGCAAACUCCGGUUACCGAAACUAGGAAAGCAAAGCCCAAGAAAGGAUCAACUUCAAUAUCUCGACUUUGGAGAUCAAAUGUGAACAAUGGUGAAAAAGUGAAAACGAUUUCAGUUGAACCGACUAGGUUUUCGAACGAGACAGCCAUUACUACGGAGGAAGUGGAGUUGGGACAGUGGAGUUCACCGGAGGUGGGUAAUUCGCAUAUUAUAACACGAGGAAUAAAGGGUUGCAUUGAAUGGCCUCUUGGCGGUAUGCAAAAGAAUAGCUUGAAGUCGAAACUUUUGGAGGCGAGAAUGGAAAGUCAGAAGAUCCAGUUGAGACAAGCUCUAAAGCAGAAGAUCUAGACAUGAGGCUAAGAAACGAGCUUCAAUGUUUCCUUGCCCCAGCGAUUGCGUUUGGUUAAUCGUCAUUGAUGGCCCAAAAAAGAAUGUAAAAUAUGUAUUCAAGUGGAGAGAAAAAACUUGACAAAAGACUAGUCUUAUUGUUUGUUUUUAAUGUUUAAGACAUAAUAAAAGAGCAAUAAUAAGAUUAGUGGACAGAGAGAAAUAAGGAUUACAUAUCACUACCUAGAUAGGUAAAAUAUCAUCUCUAUCAUAUUUAAACCU